UACGGCAACGAAACAAGAUGCAUGCUCCAUUAUUUCCAUAUACUCAAUCACAAGAACUACUAUUCGGGUAGCUCUUAAUGUUUUGGUCCGGUGUAGUCAUUAGUCCCAACCACACCCAAUAUUUUUCUAAAAGGAAAGCAGCCUCUGAUUCAUGAACCUAUCACAAAGCUUCUACUUGUUCAAGUUUCUACUGUUAUUUUCUCCAGAAGAGGGAAGUUUUCUGCUGCUGCGUUUACUGAAAGGUGCUUCAAGAUUUCAUCACAGAAAAUGUUAACGACCGGAUCAUCAACGGUUCUUCCUUGCAAAGUUAAGUGCCUUCAUCAGGAGUACUCCUUAUGCAGAUCUCAACCUGCCAUACUUAAAACUGGUCUUUUCUUGGCCAUCUCAAACCAAAAGGAUGAACAGCUUUCUCUGAGGAACCAAACCUCGCCGUCACCACUCGGCACCGGCGGCCUUGGAAUCCAGACUAACAGAAACAGCAGGAAGAUGAACAAUAUGGUUGUCUGCUGCAGUUUGGAACCAGGGCCAGCUACACCAUUUCCUUUUAAUCUUAUUCCGGCGGGUACCAACUGGCAAUUCUGGAUUCUGGGAGUUAUCAUAUCAGUAUUGCUACCCUUUACGACCAGCAAAUGGGGACCACUGUUAAAACUGAAGAAUGAGGCUGACAACAUGAUGGAGGCAGCUGAGCGUAUAACGGAUGUUGUCGAAGAAGUGGCUGAGAAAGUGGAGAAGAUAGCAGAUGAGGUUGGUGAUCGGCUGCCGGAAGGUGGAAAACUUCAAGCUACUCUUCAAUUGGUUGAAGAUUUAGCAGAAGAAACAGCUGAGAACGCACGUCGUGCAGGAGAUCUCAUUGAUAAGGUGCAAGAAAUGGAAGACAAGAUGGAAUCAUACAUGGAAUCACUCGACGCUAAAUCAGUCGACGAUAAAGGCGCCGAGAAUACCAAGGAAGCCUAGGCUCACAACGUGGCAAGAAACAACUCCUUUAGAAAGUAACUAGGAGAAGUCAAUGUAUCUUAUCAACAGUAAAUUUUUUAAUGGACAAUGUCCUCGUUACAUAAGUUGAAUUUAUUGGCUUUUCAUUUGAUUUUUUCCGCAUUAA